AUGAUUCUGACUUGGCCGCUGUAUUUUUGUCUCGCAGUAUCUUUGGUGGCCGUUCCGUUGUACAUUGCUGUUCUUUUUUCACUCCAAAAACUCCGUCGACAGUCCUUCAUCUACCGUGCUACAUUUUAUACUCUACUUUUUCAGCAUGUAAGGGCACCUUCUGUUUUUUCAGACUGUGACGAGUGCGCGCAAAAUACACUCCUUAUUAACUUUCUCAUGACACCUUUUUUGAAACCUUCGCAACGUGCGCUUCGAAUUGCACGCCAAACAGAAGAGCUUUAAAUUAUACAUGAUCAGGAAUUUUCUCAAAUCUUGUAAACGGUAUCCCUUCUGCAGGGGAUAGCUGAUCUCUUCACAAUGACAACAUACCUCACACAGAACGUCCUGACGAAAAUCCCAGCGAUUUUCCAACUUUUCUAUACUUAUCAAGACUACUACCUUGCUGCUGGUAUAUAUUUUUUUUUCAUAAUCACAAUCUUUGAAAACUUGGAAAUGGCGCCUUUUCAAAAAAUUUCUUUCACAUGUUGAUGAAAAUAUUCAACUCAAAAAAUCUUUAGCUGGUAUUCCCCAGCCUACAUUUUCUUGUUUAUACCUUAUAGAGUAUGAAAGUUCAUUUGAAGGUACAUACAAUUCUGUUUACUACACCUUGUACAUACGUUGCUGCGGUAUUGUAUUGCUCACAUUACAGCGUUUUAUCACUGUUCAUUUUGGCCAGUCCAAACUGAAUCAGGUAAGUGAAGCUGUAAUUUUUGAAAUUUGAAAAUCAGUUAAGUAACUUGGUAAUCGCUUUUCUGUCGAAAUAGUUUCAAUAAAACAUUAUGGUCAACUUGAUGAACACAACUUGAGAUAGUUCAACGAUUGUCUUCGUGGAAAAUAAUUUCAAUCUACUGGAUUUUGCCUACUUUGUUGAGUAUCGUCCCUUUGAAAGAUCAUGACAUGCACAUCGAACCGGAUGGACAGCUAAUACUCGACAAAAGUAUCAUUUCGGUAUGUUUUAAAAUGAUAUUUUGAAAAAAAUGAAAAAAAGUCAAAAAAAUUUUUUUUGGGCGUAGUUUAAAAAAACAGGGUAGUUUUCUUCAAUUAUCUUUUUUUCUUUCUAAGUUUAAACCUUUUUUUUCUUUUUGAAGUUUAUAGAAAGCCUGAUUAUAUUGAAAGAAACAAAGCACUCUCUAUGGAGACCUCGUAAUAAUUGUUUUCAAGUGUACAUAAAACCCUAGGUUUCAAAGCGGCUUGUAAGAUCCAAGUUCAUUCUAUUUUUCAGAGGAAUACGACGAUGGCGUUUACAAUAGUUUUAGUAGCGUGCAGCGUCUGCGUCAUUACCUACACGGCGCUAUUUCUUUUCGUUCGGAACCAUUCCCUAACCUCGUUAGUUUUUCUUUUUAAUUUCCCAGGAGUUCCCAAAAAAAAAUUACACAAGAAAGCUUGGAAUCCGAACCCCCUAGGUUCAAGUUGGAAGAAAAAAAUCUUCAUAUAAGUUUUUUUAUAAAGAGAAAUUUCCUUCUUUAAGCUUCAUGAAUGAAAUUAAAUUCAUUGUGAACAUAUGAAAUUGACAAGAAUAUUUGUAAGGAUUCGAAACUUAGUCGUAAAUUUAAUAUAAUGAGAAUACUACCAAUACAUUAUCCGGUCCAUUUUUGAAGAUAUUUUCCUUCAAAGUUUUCUUCGUAUUUUCCCAAGUAUUCUUUUGAAAAAGUUGCGAUUUUUCUAGAGUUCCCCAAUAAGUGUACAAACACAAUGAAUAAUAAAGAAAAAACGAGAAUGGAGUAGCAACCUGAUACCUCCCUCAUUAAUCGUUCUCAAACAAAGUGGAUGAAAAAAUAGUCUUGAUCUCUGGUCUCCUUUUUUCUUGAUAAUGGUUUUUCGAAAAAAUUUCCGUCAUUAAAGACAUCAAUGGGACUUUAAAUUAUGAAAAAAUUUACCCUUUUCAUGUGAAAAAAGGCCACAGGUCAAAGGAUAAGUUUAAUUAUGAGAAUAUGUUCUUCUACGUGUUGAAUGACAUGUUUAAUACGUCUCGACAAUGAGGUCUGAUGACCUAUAAUUUGAGUAUUUAAAAGGUCGCAUUGAAUUUGAGCGGUUCAGAAGUUUUACUCAAGUUUCUACUGAUUUUAAUGAAUUUUAAUCAUCACUUUUAUGCGUCCGUACGCUUUGAGCCAUUUUGAAUGCGACCAGAGGGUUUUUAGUUGUGUCAAACGAAAUGGCUUCCAAAAAAGGUACACGAAUCUUUGAGAUAACUUUUCUCGCACAAGGCAUCUAGGCAUCUUGCAAAAAAUCUUUAGUAUUCAAUUCGAAGAUGUCAAAAUUGUUUAUCAGGAUAUCAGAACUGAUUAAAAUCUUCUUUUUGAGAGCUCUACGUCGCGAAAUGCACCUUUCGAUUCAACUCGUCGGCCUCGUUCUGGCCUUUUUCCUCAUGUUGGCCUACUACUCCCUUCAAACCUAUUUCUCUCUCAGUCAAAAUGUUUUGAGCAUUUUUUUUUCUUUAAACAGUGAGAAAUCUUUACAGUCGGGCCCAGUCUUCACAAUGCGAUCCUCUAUCCGAUACCCAACGGCUUUUUAUCUUAUGUAA